AACUUUCAGAUGUUCCCUUUGUUUUGAUUCGAGUGACUCAGAAAAUAAAACUUCUUAAAAACAUGAAAACUAAGCUAGCAGUGAUCUCUCUUACACUUUUAGGAGCUUUUUUAAGUUCAGUAUUCUGUGAUAGAACUAAAGAGAACAUGUAUGAAGAUGUUUAUGGUAGCAUGUGUUUUAGAAGGCUAAAUGCAACACAUCAAACUGGAUGUUCCUCAAACGGAAAGUCAAGAGGAUCAGUUGGAGUACUUCAUCUUAUUUCAAGUGAUUCAGACAUCAAUUUCCUCUUAAACAAGCCACCAGCACCACCUUAUGCGGCUAUUGUUACUCCAAAACAUUUUACUCGUGAAAAUAUUCUUAAAUUAAGAGAUUCAACGUUCAUAUCUGCAAUUGUUCUUAUCAACGACACACAAAAAGUUGAAAGCUUCAGUCAAGAAUCAAAAUGUCCGAAUGAAUUCUUCACACAUUCCCAACAACCAACAUGUGACAUUUUAAAGCCGGAAACAACGUGGAAUCCAUUUGGAACUGGAUUACUUCAAGAAAACUUUGAAAUUCCAAUAAUUUUCUUAUCUAAUCGAAACGAAUCUGAGAAAGUUAUAAAAUGCUUCAAUGAUUUCAAUAAAGAUUUCACAAAUCAGAAGCAAAGAUCACUUUGCAGCAUUGAAAUCAAUUCAUUCAUGUCAGCAGCUGGAAAUUCAGAAAUCUGCAUGAGACGAACGGAAAUCUUUAAACUUCUAAAUCAAAUUCAUUAUUGUGAUCCACUUCAAGGAAAGAACGUCUAUGCGACAUUAUUUCCUCGAGAGAUUGUUAGUCCAAAGAACCGAACAAUUGACGAAAGUGAGAAAAUUAUUCUCGUCACUGCAAGAUUAGACACAACAUCGAUGUUUGAUGGACUUGGUUUGGGUGCAAUGGAUUCACUUGCAUCUGCUGCAACUCUCAUCACAAGUGGACAUUACUUGAAGAAGUUAAUUUCUUUGGAGAAAUUAAACGACAAGAAAAUCAACGUCAUGUUUAUGAUAUUCAAUGGUGAAUCUUACGAUUACAUUGGAUCACAGAGAUUCGUUUACGACUUAAAGAAAGGCGACGCAUUUCCUUCCCCAUCAUCUUACACAAAACCAUUGAAUCUUAGUAACAUCAUGCUGAUGAUUGAUAUUGGAAACUUAGAUUCAUUUACUGACAUAACAAUGUAUCAAUUAAAAGAUUCAGAUUUUGGAAACAAUUUGAUAUCAUCGUUUCAAUAUUACAACGACAAAUUAAAGCUGAACAUAAACUUCACAUCAAAAACCACAAACAAUCUUCCACCUGUAUCAGCACAAACCUUUUUGAGAGAAAAUUCAAGUUUUCCAGCAUUCAUCGUGGCUACAACAAAGCCAGAAAAUAAAUUUUACCAUUCAGUUUAUGAUGAUAUGAACAAUCUCAACUUCACUUACUUCAAUUUAAGCGCGGAUUUUGAUCAAUUGGAUUCAAUUGGAGAUUCGCAUAGUUUUACAGUGACUUCAGUUCAGAUUAAAAUAAGAAACGCUGCAACUCUUGUAGCAUUGGGAAUCUACGAUAUUCUUAACAAAGGUCAAAAGUAUAAUGGAACUUACGUUGCAAGCAGUCAGCUUGUUGAUGAAUAUCUCUACUGUUAUUUGAUUGCAUCGAAAUGUCGCUUAUUUUCAUCAAUUUUCGAGUUUCAAGGAUCAUUUCAUGGUAAUGAUUUUCCACCUCAAAGAUACAUCAGCGUUCAAGCUACAGUGACAUUGGAAGCAACUUGGUGGGCAUAUCGAGUUCUAGGAUUUGUCUUAAGCGAGAAUAUUAAAGGCAAAACAAAAGACAACUGCACAGUUUUGCCAGAUUAUUGGAUUCCUGGCAGUAAUAUGACUGGCGAAUGCAGAUUGACGACUCAGAACUUCAGUUUAGCUUUAAGUCCAGCUUUUGAAGAAGUCGAUUACAAUUUCAAAAGUAAUCGAUAUUCAACAUGGACAGAAUCAACUUGGAACGAACUUUCAGCUCGAAUUUUCUUACGACCAUCACCAACUCACGAGUCGUUGACAUUCUCAAUCGGUUUUGUAGUCAUGAUUCUCUCAUUUGUCAUCGUUUACAUUGUCAACUCGAAAUCUGAUGUUUUGUUUACGGAGAUGACAGUUGAACACGUUUCAUUGCCAGCACAAUGCUAAAUUAACGUGGAAAAUGGUUUAGAAUAUUUUGAUGACGCUAAUAGUUCGUUAAAUAAAACCAAGGUGAAAGACAGAACUGAUUUUUUUUUAUAAUUCUAUUAAUAAAUUAAUUAUUAUUCUUCUGAUAAGCUUAUAAAAAAUAAAAAGUCAUUUCCAACUAACUGCUUUGUGUUUUUACUGCCAAUGAGACUCCUUUCUUUCCAUAUAUUGCUGUAAAUAGUAAAAAAGAAAUAUUAGAGAAGAUUUUUAAACUAAAUUUAAUAGAUUAAUUAAUUAUUGAGAAACAAUUUUGGAAU